UAUACAAAGAGACACGUAAUGCCUACUUAUAUUAUGUUGCAUUUACGAUAAUUUGUUGAUAAGUUUAGUUUAUCUCCGAAGGUGUUGACUUAAUAACGUGCGAAAAUGGGCGAGCCAAACGUGAUCAAUUUCGGAGGUGUGAUCAGCGAGAAAGUCCGCGAGUCCAUAGAAGACAUGGAUGUUAUGACAGUCCUCCAAAAAAUGGUGGCCACCACACCAGAAGACGAGGAAUCUGAAACUAUCAGGGAAAAACUUCAAGGAGUUUUGCAGCAGUUCAACGAAAUGUCAGAUGAAGAUAAAGUGACCUUUACGAAGCAAAUCAAAGAUGGACUAGCGAAUAAAAUUGCGAUGAAAAUGAGAGAACCGGGCGCGAUAAAACUGGAUGGUUUGGAAGACGCUAUCAAAGAGGCGGUGGUGUUCCAGCUGUUUUUGGUCGGAGUGGUGGUUGCGAUACUCGUUUUGUUAUUUGUUUUCUUCGGCUACAAACUCUACAAAUCAAUAAAAGACAAAGAACUCAAAAAGGAAGAAAAGAAAAAAGCCAAGCAGAUGAAGAAGAAGAAGUAAGAAAAAUAAAGAAGCACACGGCAGACUGCAGAGGCUACAGAAUACGGAUUUAUAUCACUGACCGUUAUUUUACUGCAUAAUGUAAGAUAAUUCAAAAAACUUAUUAAAGUAUAGAAUAUCUCUAAGUUGAUAGUUACAUCAAAUCAAUGAUAAAUUCUAUUGAAAAAAUAUUACAACUAUUCAAGGUGCAAAAGUUUGAUUCGCUGUCCGUAAAAGCGCCUAGACUAAAUGACGUUCGCCAACGAAUCGAUAACUUUGACGUGAGUUCGUAAAGUAGACUAACGCGCCAUCUGUUGCGCCGUAGAUGUACUAAAAGAUCUCAAUAAAAAAAAAAUACAAUUUGUUGAAACGAACUUGAUCCGGAGCGAGAUUUCGAUGUCUUAUUUUAAACGCUUCAUGUAAAAGAUAAUUAAUAUUAUAGGCACUAUGUAAUAACAGAAUCUGAAUGAAAAAAUAUUAUAUUGCCUACUUAAUAAAAUAAAAAUAUAGGCGGCCUAAAUCUAUUACAAUCUUUUAAACCAAGCAAAUUUUUAUCAUAAAAUUUUAACGAUUCGUCGAUGUUGCCAGUGUAAUAUCAUUAUAAGUAAAAUAUAAGUCAGUGUUGGGACUGUUUUAAAAUGCGUUUUGAAAACUUUUGACGGACAUACUUGUCAUAAUAUUUGACAUAUUAUUAUAAACCUUAUUGACCCUAUAUUUAAGUACCAUUCAACUUUAAUAGUGAAAUAUUGUCAAAAAAAAGUUUUAAAAUCAGUCCCUAAAAUAUCUAGAAAAUUAUGCAUAUUAUUAAACCAUGAAUUUAUUGUGUAGCUAGUAAAUAUUGAACAGUACAUAAAAUAAGUAAACCAUAAUUAUACAUUUUUAUUUGACUGUGGUGUAUGUGUUGUAUAAAAUAAAUAUGUACUUACCUACUUGUGAAGAUACUCACUCUACAGACGUAGUCUUGCCUGGAAAUCUUUUGAAGCGCCAUCUACCGGGCUUAAUUGUAAAUCUAAGCACUCAGACACACAAAAAAUCUUAUUAAAAUCGGUCCAGUUGGUUUAAGAUCAUUUCAAUGACACAAGUAGAUGAAUUAUAGAAUAAUAUUGGAAUUGCAGUAGGUAGAUAAGUCCUUUUUUUAUUUCCUUGUAAUAUUUAUGUGCUAUUUCUGUCUUUUUUCCGUAUACCUUCUUUGUCCUUAACUAAGUGAUGUUCAUAAUAAUAAAUGUUUCUUUCUUUAUAUUUGUUUAGGUAUUCUUACAUUUACGCACAAAAUAGACAAAAUAUUUUUGUAUAGAUUUGCAGCAAUGUAUACGUUUUAAGACUAGGACAUUUAAUUUCAGCCAAAUAUUGUAUUUUAUUAGUAACAAAUAAAUAUAUUUUAGAAUUAUUUAUAUUAUUUUGUGUAUUUUGGUCGUUUGUAAUGGCAUGCAUAAUUUUCUAGAGGUGCCAAAGUUAAAAUGACUGAACUAAAACAAUGUUAGUUAAUAUUUCGUAGUUAUUUAUUUUGUAUUGAUAGAAUGUUAAAUCAAUUUCUUAUUACGUUUAUAUAGAGUGCUCUUUGUUUGUAAAAGAAGCCAGGAAAAUAAAAACUAAGGAAUGCAGAGGAUAUUAAUAAUAGCUGAUACAAAUCGCCACCCCUACGAAAAGUGAGGGUAGGUAACCAGUUUUGACUUCAUGCAAAAGAACGCACAUUAAUAAUUUAAAUGACAGUUGGAUUUCAUCUCUAUGUUUUUCCAAAUUAUAGGGUUGCCAGAUAGAACAACUUCUUGAAAAAAAAAUUUUACCUAUGUUUUUUAUUAUCCCGGCUUAUCAACAUUCCUAGAAAUAUAAUUUUAAGGUAUUUAUGUUGUUUUCUGGCAAAGUUCAUUCCAUACCUGUUUAAUCUAUGCGUUGACGUUCUGUUUUAAAUAUAAUUUAUUUUUACAUGAAAAA